AUGGCGACCCCGCCUCCAGAGGCUCAUUCGGUGAUGAAGGAGGAGAAGCCUCAGUUGCCUCCCCCCCCGAUGGGUGCCUCCGCGCCUGAUGUUGCGCGAAACAGCGUCCAAGGCGCAGUUUCGGACAUCACAACUGAGGCCCUCGCCAGCGUGACCGAGAACCACACAACCACCAUGAAUGGCCACGCCUCCAAAUCCCCUGCGAUUGCCAAUGGCACUGGUUCUGCGGCAUCCCCUCCCAAGUCCCCCCUCGAGGCUCUUGCGCCAGCUGCAUCAGCUCCCUCCGAGACCCCCUCUGCGUCUGAACCGCCUGCGCCGCUGGAGACGAAGAUUCCAGAAGACACAGCCACUUCCACUCAACUUCAGACCACCGAGUCCGCCACCCCCGCAACGGCAAAUGCUUCCACGGAGAACAGUAUUGCCGACACUCCCCAAGCACCCGCAAUCACAUCCGCUGGACGCGUUCCUUCUGGACCUCUGGACAGUUCCACCGAGGAUAAGAUGGCUCUUGAUGGACCAGGGGAGGCAUCCGCUCCGGUGAAGACUGAACUUCCCCACCACCCUACCGCCGAAUCUGCGACUCCCAGCUUGCCUCCUCGUCAGACCGAUCAUGAAAUGAACGAUGCGCCCAGCGCCCCCGUGUCGCCCUCAAAGUUGUCGCGUGAGCGCGAGAUUGACCCGGCAGAGGAGCCCGCGGCCAAGCGGACCAAAGUCGGAGGCGGGGAUGGUGGACCCACGGAUGUCAAGCUUCCUGAGCUGCCUACCCCUGCCGCCGAGACUACUGGACCCGUUCCUUCGGGCGGUCAAUCUGGUAUUACGAAGAUGCAGCACAAGUACAUCGGGAAGUGCCUCAAUAGUCUGAAGCGCAUGCAUGACGCACGAUUCUACAAGCUACCAGUGGACCCAAUUCAAUUGAACAUCCCGAACUACCGGACUGUCAUUACCCAGCCGAUGGAUUUGAGUACCAUCGAAAAGAAGCUUAAGGCCAACGAAUACUCGUCUCCGCAGGCCCUCCACGCUGAUUUUGCUCUGAUGGUUAAUAACGCGAACACCUUCAACGGCCCUGACCACGUGGUCUCCCAGGAGGGCAAGAAACUGCUGGCUACCUUUGAGAAACAGAUGAGCUUGCUUCCUAAGGCCGACGAGGUGGAGGAGAAGAAGAAGCCGAAGAAGACGACGGAGAAGACUUCCGCUGCUCGCCGCGAGCCUCGCACCUCGACCGGUGGUCAAUCCGUUAUUGUGCCUCCCACUGCUCCGGCUCCGGCUCCGGCUCCGGCUCCGGCUCCGGCGGCUCCUAAGGCAGCCUCCCCCCAGAGUACUACAUUCGCAUUGGGUCCAGAGGGUCUCCCCGUUAUUCGCCGGGAUUCCUCCAACCCUGAUGGUCGCCCCAAGCGUUCCAUCCACCCUCCUAAGCGUGAUCUCCCUUACUCCACCAAGCCCAAGAAGAAGAAGUACCAGUGGGAGCUGCGUUUCUGCCAAGAAGUUCUCGAGGAGCUGCACAAGCCGAAACACCAAUACCAUGCUAUCCCGUUCUACUAUCCCGUGGACCCUGUUGCUCUCAACAUUCCCACCUACCACAGUGUGAUCAAGAAGCCCAUGGAUCUGUCGACCAUCAAGACCAAGCUCACGACUGGCCAGUACGAAAACUCCAAGGAGUUCGAGGCCGAUAUCCGCCUGAUGUUCAAAAACUGCUACCGUUUCAACCUCCCUGGUGAUCCGACCUACACCUCUGGAAAGAGUCUGGAAGCGAUUUUCGACGAGAAAUGGGAGGGGAAGCAGGAGUACCUGGCCAAGCACGAGCCGCAUCCCGAGCAGAAUUCCGACUCUUCCGAAGAAGACAGCGAUGAGGAUGCCGAGGAAAGUGACGAGGACAACGAGAAGCUCAGCUUGCUGCAGAAGCAGAUUGCCGAGAUGUCUCGUCAGGUUGAAAUGAUCACCCAGAAGAAGAAGAAGACCCCUCCCGCGAAGAAGGGUUCCAAGUCUGGCAAGUCAGGGACCAAGAAGGAAAUCAAGAAGAGUAGCAGCAAGAAGGAUAAGAAGAGCAAGAGCUUUUCCAAGAUCGAGAAGACUCGCAAUAUCACCUACCAUGAGAAGCAAAUCAUCUCCAAUGGCAUCAGUAGCCUUCCGGACAAGAAGAUGCAGGAGGCCCUCGGAAUCAUCCAGCAGAAUGUUCCUGCUCUGAAGGGUACUCAAGAAGCGGAGAUUGAGCUGGACAUUGAUGAGCUGCCCAACGACGUGCUGCUUAUGCUGCUCAAGUUCGUGAAGAAGAAUGUGCCUCACAUCUUGGACGACGAAGAUAUCCUCCCCGUCGGUAACGCUCCCGCUGCUGCCCCCAAGCCGAAGAAGAACAAGCCGAUGAGCAAAUACGAGCAAGAGGCUCAGAUCAACAUGCUCGAGAGCAACCUGUCCCGCUUCCAGGGCGGCAGUGGCUCCCCUGCCCCGAUGCCUUCUGUCGAGGCCAACGAGUCCAGCGAGGAUGAGUCGGAUGAUGAUUCGGAGGAGAGCGAGGAAGAGUAA